AUGCACAAGAUCUCAUUCGCUUUGUAUCUUUUCAUCGCUGUUGGUGCUAAGUUGACAUCAACUGCAUCGGUCGUUUCCACCGUCACAAAUUCUGCUACCAUCACAUCUACCGUCGUUUACCCGAGCUUAAUUCAGUGCGUGUGUAACACCACGCUAGUGUCUGCAGGUGUAAUCAAGUCGUCCACACCCUCUACUCAGGCUCAAAAUUACGAUCUUUCUGACUGCUCAGAAGACGUCUUUGCUGAGACUGGCAUUCGCUGGUAUUUGAAUGGUCCACUGGUACCUGGAAUUAAUUACUGGCGUCAAGCCCCGCAGAUUUAUGCUACAGGUCGAGCAGCUUUGCGAUACAUGCGCCUUGGGUAUCGAUGUACUCGGAUUCAAUUAUACGUCUCAACUGAUUCGUAA